AUGGCUGAAAUUACUUUAGGUAAAUAUUUAUUCGAAAGAUUAGCUCAAGUCGAUGUCAAAACCAUCUUCGGUUUACCAGGUGACUUCAACUUAUCCUUAUUAGAUAAGAUCUACGAAGUCCCAGGUAUGAGAUGGGCCGGUAACGCUAACGAAUUAAACGCUGCUUACGCUGCUGAUGGUUACGCUAGAAUCAAGGGUAUGUCUUGUAUCAUCACCACUUUCGGUGUCGGUGAAUUAUCCGCUUUAAACGGUAUUGCCGGUUCUUACGCUGAACACGUCGGUGUCUUACAUGUUGUUGGUGUCCCAUCCAUCUCUUCCCAAGCUAAGCAAUUAUUAUUACAUCACACCUUAGGUAACGGUGACUUCACUGUCUUCCACAGAAUGUCCGCCAACAUCUCUGAAACUACCGCUAUGGUCACUGACAUUGCCACUGCUCCAGCUGAAAUUGACAGAUGUAUCAGAACUACUUACGUCACCCAAAGACCAGUUUACUUAGGUUUACCAGCUAACUUAGUCGACUUAAAGGUCCCAGCUAAGUUAUUAGAAACCCCAAUUGACUUAUCUUUGAAACCAAAUGACGCUGAAGCUGAAAAGGAAGUCGUUGACACCAUCUUAUCUUUAAUCAAGGAUGCUAAGAACCCAGUUAUCUUAUCUGAUGCUUGUGCUUCCAGACACGAUGUUAAGGCUGAAACUAAGCAAUUAAUUGACGCCACUCAAUUCCCAGCUUUCACCACCCCAAUGGGUAAGGGUUCCAUCGAUGAACAACACCCAAGAUUCGGUGGUGUUUACGUCGGUACUUUAUCCAGACCAGAAGUUAAGGAAGCCGUUGAAUCUGCUGACUUAAUCUUAUCUGUCGGUGCUUUAUUAUCCGAUUUCAACACUGGUUCUUUCUCUUACUCUUACAAGACCAAGAACAUUAUCGAAUUCCACUCUGACUACACCAAGAUCAGGAACGCUACCUUCCCAGGUGUCCAAAUGAAAUUCGUCUUAAGAAAAUUAUUAGCCUCUGUUGCUGACGCUGCCAAGGGUUACAAGCCAGUUGCUGUCCCAGCUAGAGUCCCAGAAAACAAGGCCUGCGACCCAUCUACUCCAUUAGCUCAAGAAUGGAUGUGGAACCAAUGUGCUAAGUUCUUCCAAGAAGGUGAUGUUAUCAUCACUGAAACCGGUACUUCUGCUUUCGGUAUCAACCAAUCCUUAUUCCCAAACAACUCUGUCGGUAUUUCUCAAGUCUUAUGGGGUUCUAUUGGUUUCACCGGUGGUGCUGUCUUAGGUGCUGCUUUCGCCGCUGAAGAAAUCGAUCCAAAGAAGAGAGUUAUCUUAUUCAUUGGUGACGGUUCUUUACAAUUAACUGUCCAAGAAAUCUCCACCAUGAUCAGAUGGAACUUGAAGCCAUACUUAUUCGUCUUAAACAACGACGGUUACACCAUUGAAAGAUUAAUUCACGGUGAAAAGGCUGGUUACAAUGACAUUCAAAACUGGAAGCACUUAAUGUUAUUAGAAACCUUCGGUGCUAAGGACUACGAAAACCACAGAGUCGCUACUACCGGUGAAUGGGAUGCUUUAAUGGGUGACAAGGAAUUCAACAAGAACUCCAGAAUCAGAAUGAUCGAAGUUAUGUUACCAGUUAUGGAUGCUCCAUCUAACUUAGUCCAACAAGCUAAGAUCACUGCUGCUACUAACGCUAAGCAAGAUUAA